UCCUGGUGCAGCAGCCGCUCGGCCGCCGAUUGGCUGAACGCCGUCAACAGCGGAUAAAUUGCGAAGGGACGGCAGCGCGGAGACAGGCGUUGUGGAGAGAGCGCUCACUGCUUCUGGAACCCUUUCGGGUGCUGCAGUUUUGCGCCCAGUUGUCUGUUCUCCUGAGUCCCAACAACUUCCACGUGGAGCCCCCUCAGAAUCCGUUGGAAAACCGGCUGCACAGUUACUGGACAGCAACAGGGUAUCCAUCAAAUUACUCUAGUCUGGAUGAUUUCAACUCUCAUUCCUGACACUUCUCUUGAUAGCUACUCCAACAGGGGGCGUGUAUAAAUCAUUAGGAGGGCAUCUGAAAGAGUAUCCACUCCACAUCUGGGCACCACUCUUCAGGAAGGACUCAGCAAAGCAGGAAGUCGGGGAGGAAGCAUUCGGAAAACGGCGGCGGCAGCAACGGCAGUGGCGAUGUUGGCGGGUGACAGUUAUAUGUGCCCUGACCUGGAGGUCCAGACGACAAUGGAUCAAACUGAUUACAUGACAGAUGGAGCACUGCACGUCACACUGACUCUUCGACUGCUCAUGCAUGGCAGGGAGGUUGGUAGCAUCAUUGGAAAGAAAGGUGACACAAUAAAGCGGAUGCGCGAGGAGAGCAGCGCACGUAUCAAUGUGUCUGAGGGCUCAUGCCCCGAGCGGAUAAUCACGAUUACUGGUUCAAUGGAGGCAGUCUUCAAAGCAUUCACAAUGAUCGCAGGCAAACUAGAAGAGGACCUCAGUACCUCCAGCAUAAGUGACACGACAAGGAGCAAACCCCCUGUUACACUGCGUCUGGUAAUCCCUGCCAGUCAGUGUGGUUCAUUGAUAGGAAAAGGGGGAUCAAAGAUCAAGGAGAUCAGAGAGACUACUGGAGCUCAGGUCCAGGUAGCUGGUGAUCUGCUGCCAAACUCAACAGAGCGUGCAGUCACCAUCUCUGGAACCCAGGAUGCCAUCAUCCACUGCAUUAGGCAAAUUUGUGCAGUUAUUCUGGAGUCUCCACCUAAAGGUGCCACCAUUCCUUACCGUCCCACCCUUGCUCCCGGACCAGUGGUGUUCUCUGGUGGACAGGCCUACACUGUCCAGGGACAGUUUGCGGUCCCUCAUCCUGAUUUGUCCAAGCUUCAUCAGUUGGCUGCUCAACAUGCUUCCUACAACACAGUGAACCAGUCGUCGUCCUCAUUCUCCGGAGUGGACAACAGCGGUCAGACUACAUCUCAGGAACUUCUGAUUCCAAAUGAUUUAAUAGGUUGCAUCAUUGGGAGACAGGGCAGUAAAAUAAACGAAAUCCGGCAGAUGUCAGGUGCUCAAAUCAAGAUCGACAAUCAGGUUGACGGUUCGACCGAGAGACUCGUUACAAUCACGGGGGGUGCCCUGAACGUCAACUUGGCACAGUACCUCAUAAACGCAUGUUUAGAGAUGGCUAAAACCACCUCCCAGAAUGCUUCCAUCACGACCCCAGUUGACCUCAACAUGACCUUCUCUCAGCCUGCCAACCCUGCCUCUUCCCCACUGGCAUCGAUGAGCUCCGCCCUCCCAUCCUCUCUGCUGAAUGCCCCCUAUGCCAUUCCCAUCUCCAGCCUCCUUGGCAUGAAAAAUGUUCCCUUCCUGGCAUUGUCUGCAGCCAGCUCGGGGCCUUCUGGGAGCAUGUCAGCUUACACAGCCAAAAUCCCCUCAUCCAAUGGGGUUAAGAAGUCUGAGCGACAGAAGUUCUCACCGUAUUGAGAGGAUGGUGCAGCUGCCCAGACCCUGUGUAGAACUAGUGAGGUAACGAGUGAACGGGAAGGAGUCAUGGGGAGAACCAUUCAGAUUUGUGAAUAUUGUUAUUUAGGAGGUCUGUUUUCAUGCAAGUCUGUACCUGCAAAUCAACCCCAACCCCUUAGAGUGGCUGAAUAGUCUUUAUUUGAUUCCCUUGGCAUUUACAAAAAAAAACUAACAUUCUUAACAGCUGGUGCUGUUCAAUGAUUUUAAAUUUCCCAUUGGUUAAAUUAAUCACAAUCAAGACAGUGGCUCAGUGGGUUGCAUACACUGCCUGAUGAAUAACUGAGCCACUGGGCCAAGCAUUCCUUGCAUUCACUUUCAAGGCAGGAUGGCAGUGAUCCUCGGUGACCAGAGUGGGCGAGCAGGGGAGACAUCUGUCUGUGUUUCCAUUCCUGAACGGCAUCAGUGACCUCUGCUGGAACAAGCAUCAGAAGGCAGAUCGACCAGUGGGUGGGAUGAGGGUGCAGAGGGGACAUCCAAGCCAAGUUUGCUCAACCCUCAUCUCUCCUGGCACCAGCAGGGUCAACUACUGUCUGAUGAUUAACUGACCUGUAGGUGUAGGAGUGGGGUUUGUCUGUUAGCUCCUACAGACCUUUAUCCCAGCUAAGUCACUGCCUCUCAGAAGAGAAGGGAGUAAUGUGGAAUGUGAACAUGUUAAUUAAUAUUUGGAGGGGGUGGCAUUGUUUAUACUGAUAACAGCUUGCUGUGCAUUUUGGAUAUCGGGAAGAUGUAUUGGAAGUCACUGGACAUUUGGGGCUUGGUGCAUUCUGUCAAUCGAACCACUUCUGUGCUGUAUUUUGCAUUAUUCAGAUGUUUAAGGAGUUUAGUUAUACCUGAUAACUUCAGGCAAUAUUUCAACUUUGAAUAAUUACAAUGGAAUUAUUUUGGUUUUCUCUCCAAGUAUGAAAUGACCACAGUAACUGCUGAGGCAUAGUGAGGGGAACAGCCAGUAAACACCUCUGGUCCAACCUCAAGAAGUUUUCAAGUGUCUCAUACCAGUUCCAUGUAUCUAAUCCCUGACCCUUAGCGCACAUAAUGAAAAUUAAACAUUAACUGACUAUGCAAAGUUACACAUAGACUUAAUUUUUUAAAACUUACAAAUAUAUCUGAUUUGACUAAUGCAGCCAUCCCCAGAGGACAGAUUUCUGUAAACUGUUGGAACUGGACCUUUUCUGGUUUAUUUAGAAAAAUGAAUCAUAUUUUCCCAGUUCCUAUGCGGCUCCAAUGUUCCCAGUGCAGAAUGGAGCAUAGCAGGACAGACAUGAAGGAAAAAGUUCUUUGUACAGGCUAUAGUAGUGGUUGCCAACCAGUCGGUCGCGAUCGACCGGUCGACCUUUGAGACUUCCCCGGUAGAUCCUGGGGGAAAAAAUGUGCACCGGGCAGAAAAGACUGGAAACAAAGCCCUGCAACCGGGAAACAACCUCUCCCCUCAAACAGCUGUCUGCAGCAGGAGCACUGCUAUAUCACCAUUAUCCUAAUUGGCAUCAACCUAUCUUUAUAAUGCAGACAUCCCACCUCUCCCAGAAGUUCCAGGAGUUUCCCGCAUAUUGAUAGCGGCUCCCUGAUGCCUGCAAAUUUAUAUACAAUAUCCCUGAAAUCUUUUUUAAAAGAGAGCACACUAUGGCAGAGUUUUCCAAGAAAAGGAAAAUAUAAAAUGUAUUUCAUCCCAGACUACACUAAAGUGUACCCCUGCCUAAUAGGGGUCAAAAAUAAUGACAGUAUUGCUCGCUGCACUGUUUGCAACAGUGACUUUUCUAUUGCCCAUGGUGGGUUAAAAUGUAAAAGACAUGUUGAGGUGAGUUUAAUAGGUGUCAUUAGCAUAGCUAACAUUAUUUAAACUAGCUUGCUAGCUGCUAAGGAGCCACUUUAUUGCAGACAUCCCACCUCUCCUGGGAGUCUCCCACAAAUUCCCCACCUCCCUGAAAUGAGUUUUUGCAGGGUGGGAUGUCUGAUAAUGCUCACAUUACAAUACUUCUCCCCCUUUAAAUUCCAAUGUUCCCCAAAUGUAAAAGAACUGGGAAACAAAAACCAGUGAUGUCAUAAGCUUGCGAACCUCUGAAACUUAUACCACAGACUCAGUAACAAUACAAAACAUCUGGAAAAACCUGGCAGGUUCAGCAUUCAGUCUAACAAAGGGAACUGUCCAUUCAAAUAUUCAGUCUGUCACUGCUGAGGGUGCUGUGCUGCAGCAGAUGAAAAUUAUUAAAUCUAAGUACAUGAGCUGUCUUACUGACAGACACCUCACAGAUUGUGUCAGACUGGCUGGCUGUAGUUUGAACCAAAUCUCAGGGAACUGACAAAGUAUUCAGCCCCAGUCAUCACACUGAGUGCAACAGUCAGUCAGUUAAGAUAAUGGUAACGUAACAACACUCCCGCUACAGAAAGCUGCCUGCAAAGAGAGGCUGCUUCCGGGGCUGCGGGGCUCCACUUCUGGUCCUUCUGCCUGGUGCGCAUGCAUGUGUCCAAACAAUUUAGUAGGGUUGAUCUUGCCUUUCAUUAAGACCAAGUAGGGGAUCUUGGGCUUAAAAAGGUUGGUGACCACUAGGCUACAGGAUUGCAACACAUCUCAUGAAGAUGCACACACCCACACAGGCACAAUAAUACACCACACAGUCUCACAUCACACUUGACAGCUUCUACAUUAGACAUUCCACUCCCUUGCACGUGGGCCAUUCACUGGACACCAGUUUUGCCAGGUAGAAGGCGGUGUUGGUGUUAGAAUUGGAAUGCAAAAAUGCUGGUUUCCAGCAGUACAACAUGCUCAAGGCCUUGCUUACACCAAGUGCAGUCUUGCAUUCUGCCUGACUCGGGCAUAUGUUGGAGAUGGGUGCUGUGAGGUGCACUCUUCAAAUGCAGUGUGGGAGGACUCUAUCUGCCCUGGGAGUGGGCGGUAGGACAGUGUAGGGCAGACAAGUUCCUUACCCUCAGAGCAGGUCCCAUGAAGCGUUCAUAUUUGCCUCCUCUAGGCUGUUCUCUGAAUGCCAGUGGCGUCCUCGUUGACCUGGGACGCAAGACCUCGCAGGAAGGUUGGACAAAGCCUGCAAUUCCGCUCCGUAGAGCUUGAAGCGCUGUGAUUGACGUGAUGACGUUGCCCUCACUUGAGAUGGUAUUGAGGGUACUUGUUUAGAUGAGCCAGUGUGCUGAGUCCUUGACUGAAGAAAGUUUUGUGUAAUGAUACAGGCGGAGCCUCUGUGCGUGUGCACACAGGGUUCUGGGCAGAUGGCCAUGUUUAAAAUUACAGACCCAGAUCUUCGUUCCCCCUUCCCACCUCUGUCUUCAUCCCGCCUCUGUCCUCAUCUUCUUGUGUUGUGGUGUUCAAAUUCGCUCUCCAUUUUCCUUUGCAGUUGUUUCUUUUAUAUUUCCUGUUAUGUUUCGUUAAAUAAAAGUUUUUUAUGCAACACAAAUUCCUUUUAUAAAAUCUUAAUAAAAGUUUUUUGGCACAUUA